UUUCAAUUUAUUAAAGUGUGAAGAAAAUGGUUCCGUCAUUUCUGAUAAUGUCACGUCACAACUCAUGAACUUAAAUGCCUCUGAAGAGUUCAACUCAUGAGAUUGAGAAAAUCACAAGGGGGCAUCAUUCAUACUUGUGUACAUGGCAACUGUGACACCAUUGUAGUCAGUAUUAACGAGGUGUUAUUGAGAAAUAGUCGUUGGCGUUCUACUCUUAGCCUCUGAGAUUUUGGCCUCAGGCUGAUGCCACCUCCUGAAUGCCAGGCAUUUGAAGGUUUCCUCCAUAAAGCAUCCAAUCAGAUGUCACACACCGUGGUUGGGGCCUAGAUUGCCCUGUUGCUAGGCAACAUCUUCUAAGGCAAAUGCUUAAGUCACAUUCUGUGAUGCUUCAUAACAUUCCGCAACACAACAAACUCUACAGAUAGCAGAAGCCAGUCGAUCAGUAAACAUUUGUUCGUACGAGCACAAUUCAAGUUACGUUUCAACAAUUCUUCAGCUUUCUUCAACAGUCUUUUUUCGAAAACACUUUGGAGAAAAAUCUCAGAACUCAGUUUGGAGCUACAAGCUGCAAGUUCUCAGAUAUUAAAAUGUCUGACAACCGCCAACUCUUCAGAGGAACCCGGCUGUCCUCCACAUCUUCAUCAUCGUUUCAAGAGGAUCAACCUGAGAAGAUCCACUUCAAGCCUCUUCUAAACAGAAAGAUGGCAGACUACAAUUCUACACAAAGACGUGAUAGAAGCUCCUUCCAAGAUGGGAAGAAGAGGACCACACAGAAAGAGGAGAAAGACUACACCAUGAGUCCAAGCACCUCUAAAGGCAUCCCUUCUUUCGACAUACGGAAAAAGAGAACGGAGCACCAGAGAGUAACUAAGAUCUGGAUCAUCGGGUCUAGUUACGUUAGACGAGCAGAGAGGCCAGCGUAUCAAAUCUUUGGGGAGAACUUAGGACUAAACGCCCAAGUUAAGUGGUUUGGAAAAGGAGGCAUGCGCUGGCGUGAAGUUCUACCUCGUUUUUAUUCUCAACUGUCCACACAGGGUCCCCCGGACAUCUUGGUCGUCCAUGCCGGAGGCAACGAUCUGGGGCUCACCCCUGCCAGAGAACUGAUUUCACGCAUGAAAGGAGAUUUGAUGCAGCUCCAUGAGGAGUUCCCCUCAAUGAAAAUUGUAUAUUCCUGCAUCAAUGAACGGCAGUCCUGGAAAUACGGAAAGCCAAAAUGGAUUAAUAACGACAGGAAGGACAUCAAUAGAGUGAUGAGAAAGGCUGUCGCCUGCUGUAAUGGUGAAGUUAUCGAACAUCCCCACCUGAGAUUCUUCGAUGACUCAGUGUUUCUAGCAGACAGAGUACACUUCUCCAGGAAAGGAAAUGAGAUCUUUCUGACCAGUAUACACAACGUCAUUAAGAGGAUCCUCCAGGGAAGAGAACGUGACAGCAGUUCCCUUUUUAAUGUAAAUAAGAGCAGGGGAGGGAAGGAGAUGCAGAUGUCCCAGGUGUUUGGAGGCCUACCUUCACGUCUGCCCCACGGAGCCUCCUGUUGCUGCAGCCCGGCCCACAGCCACAGACCACCAGGCAGGUCUGCUCCACGACGCCAGACGCCAACUUGAGGUCAACCUCAACGAGGUUUUCGGCAUCUUUGGCUCCAACAUGUUGGAGCUGCUGCUGCUGCAAAUUAUCUCAAUGAAGGAUGUGACUGAUGGUUUUAAAAGCGUCUUUGUUAAUGUCUUGCUAAAGAAAUAAAAGAUACUAGAAAGAAACCAGCUGAAAUGGAAUGU